UUAGCUUUCGACACAUUUUCAGAUCAUAAAGAAGGAUGACAGGGUAAAGACGCAACGAGUGUGCUGCGCAUAAAAACGUACUGAGCGAUUUACGUGGACUGUUUAGCGCAGCCGCCUGUCUACGUGACGCGUCUCGUGCCAGUGCGUCACUGCGGUCCCGCGCCGUUAUUCGUCGGUGUUCCAGAAUAACGGCACGAGCGCAGGAACAGGACCCGCCACCCCGUGUCGUGACUCGCGAGUCGCUGCGCCAUGGAACUCGAUCGGCGGCUGUUGCUCGCCCACUCGGCCGCCUACACCCUCUCUGUCGUGGCGGGGCUCGCGGUGGUCGUGCCGCUGGCGCUCAACGGCUCUCACUUCAAGGGGCGCUGUGCGCUCUUCAGCCUGGGCUUCUGGAGGACGGAGAACCGCACCGGCGGCGGCGGCGGGAGCGCCGACGAGCAGCAGGAGCAGCCGGCCUGCGUCUCCCGGCUCAUAGUGCAGCAGUGGGGGCCGCCGGCCGCGUGCCAGUUUCCCACGUUCGUGGGGGUGUUCACGGUGUUGUACGGGGCCGCGCAGGGCUGGCGAAGCCUCUUCUACCUCCAUCGGCGACAUGACGACAAUCUCUUCUCAGCCUUCCUCACCGUGCUGCUGAGCCUGUGUGUGCUGUUCCUGUCCGGAGGUGCAGCCGUCACUUUCAGCCUGGGGGUGCUGUCCUGGUGCAACAUUGUAACGGACCGCGGCACCAGGCCCUACAGCUGCGCGGACGCACAGUCUGUUCCCAUGUACCUGGAUGUUGACACGUCUUCCUUCUACACUGAGCUCACAUGUGCUCAGGUCUCCCUUUGGUGUGUCACAGCACUGUGGCUCACUCACGCUAUCCUGUCCUUCCUGCGCCUCUACCACUCCCACAGCCAGCAGAUCAGGGGUCCCUGCUUGUCCCGGGAAAAGGAGCUGCUUCUGGGACAACCAGCUGUGGACAGCUCCUUGCAGCACCCAGGCCUCCAUCCACAGGGGACACCCAGUGUCUUUAUUUAGCAGGGUAACCUGACUAAUGCAGUAUGUGGUUUUUGGUCUUUAUUUUUCAUGCAUGUAUGCCUGACACUUGUCUGUUGUGAUCUGCAAAACAGCAAAAUAAGGGCUUCAGCCCAUUUGUAUCUUGCUCAUUAUUAUUUAUUGGUAUAAAUUAUCAUUAAUUUAUAUUGUAAAUAAUUUAGCAUGGUUUUAGAGCUGUUUUCUGGAUAUAGAUUAAGCAUAGUCCUAGACUAAAAAGUAUUUUCAGUGAAGAAUUCCUCCUGACAGUGUAAUUUAGUCUAUGAUUGGGAUCAAUCUGUGUUUGGAAAGCAGGCCAUAGUGGUUGUAGUCAACUCUCAAAUCUCCAAAACUCAAGGUAACAUACAACAGUGUUGUAGUACAGUUACAAAGUGCUGUAUAAUGUUGUAUUUCCUUUUAUAUUUAAUCAUGUCAUAACCUGUUAUUCGUAUUUCGUUAUAAUUCAGUUUCAGACAUUUGGCCAGUAGCAGACAUGUAUCCUUGCAUAAGGAUAACAUGUAAAUUGAUAAAACUGUGAAGAUACAUUGGGAGAAAAAUAGUUUGUACUUGAACGUUUUAGAGAUUUCAACAAAAACUUUCAACAUGUAUAUAAUUUUAACACAAGCUAGGCACAACAUUGGAAGGAUGUUAUUUAAUUCACUAUUUUUACAUAUUCCUAAUGUUAGUAAGAUUAACUGAUAAGGCAGGAAUACAUUUGCAUGUCUUUGUGGUGUAUAUAUGAAUAUUAAUAUGAAAUGAAUGCUUUUUCGAACAGUACGCUCUCACACCCGUGAAGGUUUGUGUGAUGCUGUCUGUGCUGAUGCAACAGCGUAAUAGGAUAUUUAAAUCAAACCUGCAACAUUCUUAAAGCUGUGAUGUUGGUGGAAAAUUGUGUCAAAUUGCUUAAGCCAUGAAGGCAAUGAAGAGACAUGGGAAAUUCUCACACAUGUUGAUAUUCAUUCAGCAAACCCACACAUGAUUUAUCUUUUGCUUUAUGACACAAUACUGACACUCUCCAAAAUGUAUCCUGACUGUAAUGAUGCACAGGCAGCAGAGGAAGAAACUGGAGGUAAUGAGAGAUGGUAUUAAAAGAUUUAUUACGUUUAUUAAAACAAUAUGACUUUAAUUCAAGCUUUUUUCUGCAAAAUGACGAAUAAAAACUCACAAUGUGCAA